UUCUUAUUUCUGAUUGUGUUCAGUUUAAAUGUUUAUGUAUAGUAUUUUAUCUAAUCAUUAGUAUAAAGUUUAUAACAACUCAUCUAUGCACCAUAAUUAUAAAAUACAAAUAUUAACUUGAACUUAUGUGUGAAAACGAGUUUUAAUUAUAAAAUAAAUCUCAAACAACAUAUACAAAAAACAAUCAUAAUACUAUAAUAAAAUGAUUUAUUAUUUUAUGGUUUUAAUUAAAUUAAAACAUCAAACAAAUCCCGUUGCAACGCAACGGGGUCAUAUCUUGUUAUUAUAUAAGGUGGUGUUAUGUUGAUGUAUGAAGUAAUUUGGCUGCGUUGAAUGCAGUCUCUCUUCUCAUCUUUAUGAAUCAAUAGAACUCUUUGAACCACUUGAAGUCAACCUACAAAUUCUUUCCUUUCUUUAUCUUUUUUGCACAAUAAAGCUUCCUAAAGCUAUUUCAGUUUCAUCUUUAUGUUCUAUCAAUAAAGCUCACUUGAGCAAAUUUACUCUUGUUUUGAGAUUGUCUGGGUUAACAGGCUUAUGUAUGACAAUGUCUUGGGCUGGUCUUGUGUAUUUUAAUACAUAGUGCAUACCGAAUUUAGAAACAUGGACAAAUAAAAUCGAUUAGUUAUGGUCUGGUGGUAGAAGCUUCCCCCUGAUUUGAUAACCACUAUAAACAAAAGCACGCUUAUGGACUAGUUGGUUUUGGGGUAUGGUCCGGAUUUCUAAUGAUGUGUGUAGGCUGGGAAAAAAAAAUUGGAACCAAAGAAUUGAACAGGAACUGAACUGAAAUACCCGAAACCGGAACCGCACCAAAACAUUCAUAUAACUGAAUGGUUCCUAUUUUUCUAUAUCAGAAAUAACUGAACCGAGAACCGAACGGAUAUCCGAAUAUAUAAAAUAUUAAUUAUAUAUACAUAUAACAUAACUAAAUAUAUAUUUCUAAUUUAAAAAUCUUUUUUUAGCAAAUAUACAUAUCAUUACAAGAUAUUAUUUUUACCAUCAAAACCACCAUUCUAUACGAUUAUUCUCAACCAUAUUGAUUUUAGAAACUACAAAACAAAUGUCAGUUUCAAUCAUAUUGGUCUUAGAAUUCUCAUUGUUUUUGCAUGGCCAAUAUUUUUACAACUUGCAUUUAAGCAAUAACAAAAUAUAAAUGUAUUGAUUAGUAUCAACAAACAUUUUAUUUCCUAUGGCAAACAGAUUUAUAUGUGGCAGACCUUUCCCAAACUUAAUUUGGGGCGUCGACUCACAAAAUUCAUUUCCAUCCAUACUACUUGAUCCCUUAAGGACCAAAGUAUUGUUAUAACAUUGGUAUAUUUCACCUUAGUUAAACUUAAAUCUUGAUUUCUUCCUUCACGGUCAAACAAGAACUUAAUAAUUAAUUUAAGUUACACACCACAAGGAAAAAAUAUAACCAACUUUCCUUUUCCGGUUCAGGUAGUGACUAAAACAAAUGAUAAUCACCUCUUCCUGAAAAAACUUAACAAGGAUUUCUGUUAAAAAUAAUUAGAUUAAUGAUUUUUAUACCAGAAAAAUAUAAUCUACUGAAAUCAUAAUCGAGAACAAGCUGAUGGAGAAGAGUGAUUUUCAUCAUAGGAUUUAUCUAAUUCCCAACAACGGAGCCAAAUCCAUUCCGGCACCUAUUCCAAAUAUGGAUUAACAUGUUCUUAAGAAAAAACUUUUAACAAAUAUAUGUAUUGUUAGUGCAGAAGCAUAAACAAUAUUUAAAUAUUUAAGAGUGUAGGAACCUUAUUUUACUACCAUAAGACAACUGAUAUUUGUAAGAAAUAAUAAGAACAUAAAUUAAAAUUACAAUACCGAAAUAUAAAAAUAAAGAAGAAUUGUAGAGUCGAGAUGAUUAAUCUCUUUCCUUAAAUCUUUAAACGCCAUGUAGUGUGACGGUUUCAUAGCGCUCAGAUUCCUAGGAUACAACUGCAGCAUUGUUUCUGUUUACCAUCACCGAAAAACAGAAUCUAUCAAACCUAAUUUUGUGUUGUACUCUCAGACAAAAAAAAAUACUAGCAUAACUAUUCUGAGAGGAGAAAGUGAUUUGUUGUUGUUGAAACUUGAAAGUCUAUUUUUUCUAUAAUGCUUAUAAGCCAUUUUAUAGAAAAAUAAUGAGCACAAAUUUCAUUCUUCGUCACAAAAAUGAAACCUCCAUGGUGCACUAAUGGAGACUUUAAUUCUUGUCAAUUAGUAUGUGAAUUUAUUCCACAUUUUGACUAAGAAAUUAAAGAGUAAAAUUAUUAUUGUUUGACCAAUUCAAACAAAAUAAUAUAUUUUAAAAUAGAUUUCUUUUUAUAUUUUAUCAAUAUAAAAGAUCAACAUAUAUUUGAUUUAAGUUAAUGAACAUGAAGUCCAACUAACAAAUCAAAACAUAAAUCCAAGUUCAACUAUCCAAUGACUGUAUUUGCUACUUUGUUCAAAUUUUUCAAAUCACACACAUUAGACUUCCAUUUCCCAUUCAAAUAAAAUUUCAUUUUUGACAUUUGAGUACAUUAUUCAUAAUGUUCAAAAAAUAGUUCCAACGAACUUUUGGUACUCCAUAUUGUGUUUUAUUAAAACUUGUCCAUCAAGACCUAUACAUGAAUUUGGUAAGUACGUUGGUCUAUUUCAAACGAAUAUGGACUAGUACGAAAACAGUGUCAAUCUCUAGCAAGACCCACCAGAUUUAAAAUAAAUAUGAUUGAAUUGAGUAAUCCUAAUCCAUGUGAAUGAAGAUUCAUUUGAUUCCUUUCAAAUUUUGCAGGCUCUGGUUUUCAUGAAGAUGGGCUAAAGGCCGGUAUGAGGGCUGCACAAGGUCUGCUAGGGAAAGAUAUGGUUCCUCUUAUGAGCAAACCAAAACAUAUGGUCCCAUCUCUAACCAAAAAGGGGGCUCGGUUUUUAUUUACUAGAUUCUUGAGACAUUUCAUAUCAACCGGUUGUGUAACAGUAUAUGAAGGAGGAACAAUGUUCACUUUCAAAGGAAAGGAUUUGAGAUGUAACUUAGAAUCUGUCAUGGAGAUUCACAAUCCUCAUUUUUACUGGAAGGUUAUGACAUAAGCAGAUUUAGGACUUGCCGAUGCCUAAAUAAAUGGAGAUUUUUCGUUUGUUAAUAAAGAAAAAGGACUUCUCAAUUUGAUCAUGAUUCUCAUUGCUAACAAAGAAUUGAACUCAAAGAACUUAAAUCUUGCUAAGAAAAGGGGUUGGUGGACACCGAUGUUUAUGACUGCUGGUUUAACAUCUGCAAUACAGUUCCUAAAGCAUUUCUCUAGGCAGAACACUUUAACUAAAGCUCGAGGAACAUUUCACGUCACUAUGACCUUGUAAGUUGUCUUAUGCUCACAUCCUUUAUGUCUCAUGAGAAACCAUUUUUUCUUGUGUAGGUAGGGUUCUUGAUUUA